AUGACUGAACAACAAGAAUUGUUUCAAAGACCGGGCUCGUCGAUAGGCAGCAGAAGCAGAUCCGUAUCUUUUUCAAAACUGUUGCCCAGAUCUUUUAGAAAAAACACAAGCACUUCCACCACCACUUCGGCCACACCCCCAACAAACAAUUCAACUAAUCAUUUGGAUACUUGUUUAAAUGUUAAUACCGCAUCACCUAACAACAACAACAAUAAUAAUAUUAACAAUAACACAAAUAAUAAUGACUCAACCGCCACCAAUUCUCCUUCAAGAAAUAUCAGCCUAGGUUCUACUACUAUCCCCACUCCAACGACUGCAACCACAAACUUAUCUUCCUUAGAUGAACACAACACUAUCACAUCAAAUAAUGAACCUGCAGCUCAAAAUAAUAACAAUGACUCAACUACUAUAGCUUCCUCUAUAUCAGCUCAUUUACAUUUACAUUUGCAUCAUAACGAUAGUAACAAUGGUAUAACAGAUGAAGUUUCUAACAAUAAUGGCACUAACAGCAAUAACAGUCAACCAACUACCAAACCAACUCCUCCUGCUCCCUUGCUGACUUCUAAUUCUUCAGAUGCAAUUCCUACUUCUAGGUUUUCAAAGCUUAAAAAAGUAUUCCAUACAACUCUGAAAGAUUCUUCCACUGCUACUUCUACAAAUUCGCCUUCCAAUAUCAUUUCAUCUUCUUCAUCGUCAUCAUCUUCCUCUCCAAUCAAUGACAAUACUUCAAGCGAAAUGACUACAAGAAUAACCAAUUUCUUGAAAUCUUCUACUACAACUUCGUUUAGUCAUAGUUCUUUAAAGGAAAAAGAAAGACAAAAACAAAAGCAAAAUUUAUCCCAUGUAACCACUUCAAUAACUCCAACAACAGAGGACCAAUCUAAAAGUAAUACUAUUAUAAUUGAUGAAAUGAAUUUAACCACAAAUAAUAAUGAUAAUAAUAAUAAUAAUAAUAAUAAUAAUAAUAAUAAUAAUAAUAAUAAUAAUAAUAAUAAUAAUAAUAUCACUGCUUCAAUGGAUCAACUAAAGGGCAACUCAAAUUUAGAUCCGUCAAAUACAAUAACAAGUGCAAACGGUAUAAAUAUAACACCUGUAUCUUUGCCAAGAUCUCCAGAAGUUGCUCAUAUCUUGGAACAACAAUUCUCAAACUCAAGGAAUCAUUCAAGAACUCAUUCUCUUUCAAGAAGUGGCUCUAUAACAACCAGCACCGGAAAUAUUUCCCCAGUUAGUGCCUCUAAUAAUACUCAAUUCUUAUUAAAUUCUCCUGCUCCGAACUAUUUUAAUUCUUCACCAAAAGUCAUAGACGAAUUUGCAAAUACAAAUCCUUUCAAAGAAUCUUCAAAAUUAGAACAAAUGAAUCAUGACUUUAACCAAUAUAACCAUAAUUCAUUAGAUUAUGGACCUUUAAAUACUCCUCCUUACAUGAAACACAUGACUAGAUCGUUAGAUUCCAUUCAAAAUAGCAAUAUCAAUAACAAUAAGGGUAAUAAUACUAUUAUAAAUAAUAAUAACAAUAAUAACAAUAAUAAUAAUAGUACUAAUACACAAACUUCCUCAAAUAACCAUAAUUUAAAUCUAACAAAGGAUAUGAGUAACAUAUCUUUAAAUGAAAUCAAAGAAAAUGAAGAGCUGAAACAAUUUAAUAAUAAUGAUCCUUGUAUUGCGAUUGAACAUUUAAUUUCACAUGAAGAUUUUGAAGAUGGUUACGAAAAUGAUUUCGAAAAUGACAAUUAUUUAGAAUUCAUGAAUGUCAAUAGUACAGGUGAAAGCAAUAAUACAAAUUCUCAUAUAGAUAAUUUAACUUCGAUCGUUGCAAACACAACAAAUCCAUCAACAAAUAUUUUACAAAAUUCAAAUCAUUCUUUACAAUUCCCUUCUCCUCAACAACAUCAAUCAGAUGAUUUCAAUUCAAAUACCCAUUAUCAGAUUCAACCUCCUUUAACUAAUCUGUCAUUAGAUCAAAAAAAUAAUACUACUAAUCAUUAUUCAGAUGCUUUAGAAGAAUUAAUUACCACCCCUCCAACAAAUAUGCAUUCUUAUAGUGAAAAUAAAAUUAAAAAUAUAACUAUAAAUACUUCAACUAAUGACAUAAAUUCAAAUAUGAACAAUAAUGAUAAUGAUAAUAUUUCCACUUCAAAGACAAAAGUUAUGAGACCAAAGAUUAAAUCAAAACUAUCAAACUCUUAUUUAAACACCAAUUCUAACCCAAAUUCCAACCCGAAUUCCAAUUCUAAUUCAAUUACAAAUUUAAAUUCUACUACAAACUCCAAUUCUAAUUCUAACUCAAAUGUUUCAACUACAUCAAAAAAUAAAACAAGAAUAAGAAGAGCUACUUCAGAACCACAUUCAAUUAGUCAAGAUCAUUUUGGCUCUUUUUCUCCAAUACGCCAAAAUGAUAAUCCACAUAAUUUACUUCAAUCUUCUUCUGGCUCAUUCAUUCCAAUUGAACCUCCAAAAUUCGUUGAUGAUUUUGAAGAACCAAAAAGAUCAAACCGUUUAAGAACAAAAUCAUUUAGUAAUAAAUUUAAAGAUAUUACUGUAGGCCCAACCUCUUUUGAAAAGAUAAGAUUAUUGGGACAAGGUGAUGUUGGUAAAGUUUAUCUUGUAAAAGAAAAGAGUACUUCAAGAUUAUAUGCUUUAAAGAUCUUUAAUAAAUCUCAAAUGAUUAAAAGAAAAAAAAUUAAGCGUGUAUUAGCAGAACAGGAAAUUUUAGCUUCUAGUAAUCAUCCAUUUAUCGUCACAUUAUAUCAUUCAUUCCAAUCAGAAGAUUAUUUAUAUCUUUGUAUCGAAUAUUGUAUGGGUGGUGAAUUUUUUAGAGCUUUACAAACAAGACGUUCAAAAUGUAUCAGUGAAGAUGCUGCAAGAUUUUAUGCAAGUGAAGUUACAGCAGCAUUAGAAUAUUUACAUUUGAUGGGCUAUAUCUAUAGAGAUUUAAAACCUGAAAACAUUUUAUUACAUAAAUCAGGCCAUAUCAUGUUAUCUGAUUUUGAUUUAUCCAUUCAAUCAAAAGUAGCUAAGAACCCUGUCGUAAAAAAAUUUAAUCAAUCCUCUUUGGUUGACACAAAGAUUUGUUCAGAAGGGUUUAGAACAAAUUCUUUUGUAGGUACUGAAGAAUAUAUCGCUCCAGAAGUUAUAAGAGGAAAUGGUCAUACAGCUGCAGUGGAUUGGUGGACUUUAGGAAUAUUAAUUUAUGAAAUGUUAUUUGGGUUUACUCCAUUUAAAGGUGAUAGUACUAAUGAAACUUUUUCAAAUAUUCUAAAAAAUGAAGUUUCGUUCCCAAAUAAUAAUGAUAUUACAAGAAAUUGUAAAGAUGUUAUUAAAAAAUUAUUAACAAAAAAUGAAAAUAAAAGAUUAGGUUCUAAAAUGGGAGCUGCUGAUAUUAAGAGACAUCCGUUCUUUAAAAAAGUUCAAUGGUCUUUCUUAAGAAAUCAAGAACCACCUUUAAUCCCCACAUUAUCAGAAGAUGGGUAUGACUUUGCUAAAUUAUCUUCUACCAAGAAGAAAAAGGGUAAAAAGAAGGAUUCCUUGGAAGAAGAAGAACAACAAAUUUUCCAUGAAAGUGUAGAAAUCGAUGAUGACGUUUCUGAUACUGAUCCUUUCCAUGAUUUCAAUUCCAUGAGUUUAUUGGAAAAAGAUACUGAUUCAUUGAUAUAUGGUGAUAAUAAUUCUUACGGUAAGAUCGCAUAUACCCCUAAUGCUAAUAGAUCGAGAAGUAAUAGUCACAGAGGCUUUUUCAAGAGAAAUUAA